CUGCGCAGAGUAGCGAGCUCCACCGCCUGCGUUCUGUGCGUUUCCACUGUUGUUGAAUGCAAACGGAGACCAAACUGAGAUCUUUCGUGUCUUUUUUUAAUGGAAAACAAUAAUAUCUCCUGGUAAAUCGGCCUGAGAGGAAGAAGAAGAAGACGAGGAGGAGGGGGAGGAGAAGUGCUGCGGAGGAGAAGGAGAGACAGAGGAGAAAAGGAGGAAGACUGGGAGAAAAAAAUCUGGACAGUAUAAUGCUGCAGAUUUGACUGAAAGAUGUCCAACGUCAACAUGGAAGCGACCAACAUCCUCCCCAUCCUCAAGAAGAAACUGGCCUUUCUGUCAGGGGGCAAAGACCGGCGAAGUGGUCUGAUCCUGACCAUCCCCCUCAGCUCAGAUCAGACCAGCAUGGAGGAGCUCAGCGCCACAUUGGACUACCUGCUCAGCAUUCCCAGUGAGAAGUGCAAGGCUCGGGGUUUCACCGUGAUCGUGGAUGGACGAAAGUCUCAGUGGAACAUUGUGAAGACUGUGGUGCUCAUGUUGCAGAAUGUGAUACCGGCCGAGGUGUCGCUGGUCUGCGUGGUGAAGCCAGAUGAAUUCUGGGAUAAAAAGGUCACACACUUCUGCUUCUGGAAGGAGAAAGACCGCCUGGGCUUCGAGGUGAUCCUGGUUUCGGCCAAUAAGCUGACUCGUUACAUUGAACCCUGUCAGCUGACGGACGAUUUUGGGGGAAGUCUGGACUACGACCACAGCGACUGGCUCAACAAGAGACUGAUUUUUGAGAAGUUCACCAAGGAGUCGACAUCUCUACUGGACGAGCUGUCGAUUAUCAACGACACUGACAAGAGCAGCUCGGUAGAAAAAGACAAAUCAGCUGACUGUGCCCUCUUGCCAUCCUUUGACCCUGAGACUGUCCUUCAGACAGGGCAUGAGCUGCUGUCGGAGCUGCAGCAGCGUCGUUUUAACGGCUCAGAGGGGGGAGGAGGAGGACAGGGAG